AUGAAAAUCUUAAGUUUUACUAAACUAAGGGUAACUAGACUGACUCACAGUUACAGAAAUUCUAAACCUAAAAACCCUGCUUCCCAUGUGAUCUUCGACCUGGACGGCACAUUGCUAGACACGGAAAAUAUCUACAGGGAUAUCUUCAAGGAGACGAUGAGGGAAGAAUUCGGGAUAGAGUACGACGACGAAACCCACAAGGUUCUUGCGGGAUUGAAGAAUAUUGCGCGCUGCAAGUACAUGGUUGAGAAGUUCGGCCUGCGGAUGACUGUCGAGGGAUUGGACCGUCUUACUAAGAAUAAGAAAAUGGAUGUAUUCUCAAAUACCAAGUUAAAACCAGGUGCGGAGCGGCUGAUCACACACCUGCACGCCUCGGAGGUGCCGAUGGCAGUGGCGACCGGGUCGGGCAAGAUGGCGUACGACAUCAAGACCAAGUCCCACCCCCGGCUCUUCUCCUUCUUCCACCACGUCGUCAACGCCGGGUCCGACCCCGAGGUGCCCUUCGGCAAGCCGGACCCUCGUGUCUACCAGGUCUGUGCCGAGAGGUUCGAGAAGAAGCCGCGACCCAAGGAGUGCCUGGUGUUGGAGGAUUCCUACUACGGCCUGCUGGCUGCCACAGAGGCGGGGAUGCAGACUGUCCUCAUACCGGAAGUGGACUACACGGAGGAACAGAUGAAAGACGCGGUGAUGGUCAUCAAGUCGUUGGAAGACUUCAACCCAGAGGAGUUCUCCCUCCCACCCUAUCCCAAGGGAUAA